CGCAAGAGCCUCUCUCCCCCCCGAGGCUGAGAGGCGGGGGCAGCGACUGUCCCGGCCGGCGCUGAUCUCGAGCGGCGAUUGGCCGCUGUCUACGCUGACGUCACGAUCAUGAUGAGAAUUAAUGAUCGGAGGCGCUGAUUUCAUUGUGUGACGCCGGGACCGACCCAGCCGAAACCGGCUGAAUUCGGAGCCCUGGGGCCCCCCGUGGCCGCCCCGCCCGCCCCACAGAGCACGAUGAAUCUGCGUUCUGUAUUUACUGCAGAACAACAGAGGAUAUUGCAGCGUUACUAUGAAAAUGGAAUGACAAAUCAGAGUAAAAAUUGCUUUCAGCUCAUAUUACAGUGUGCACAAGAAACUAAGCUGGACUUCAGUGUAGUCAGGACGUGGGUUGGAAACAAAAGAAGAAAGAUGAGUAGUAAGAACACCAUGGAUUCUGGAGGAAGCCCAUCUGCCACAGCCAGCAGCACAUUGACAGUGCCUCCGGAAGUGGCUGUUCAAAACGUGGUCAGCAUCGCCCGUUCCCAGAGCCAGCAGUCCUCGUGGACGUCCUCCAACAACGACGUCAUAGUCACUGGCAUCUAUAACCCAGCUACUUCAUCCAGCCGACUGGUCUCCAGUAAACAGACUAACUCCCUGAUGAGCGAUAUGCAUAAAAACUCCCUGUCAAGGUCCGCUGGGAAGAGUGAUCCCGAAUUCCAGCGGCAACACAUCGCGGUGACCCGCCAAGCUCCCCACUGUAAAAACGCUUCGCUGUUCCUGGGUGAAACCAUCAUCCUCUCCAGGCAAACCAGCGUGCUGAAUUCAGGGAAUUCUAUUUAUAACCACACGAAGAAAAGUUAUGGCGGCUUCGUUCAGACGGCGGAAUUAGUGUUACCUCAGAAGCCCGUCUUGUGCCACCGGCCGUACAAAAUGGACCAGGUGGGCUGCCAACGGUUGCAAAAACCAGAGCACCCCAUCCUCGCUUCCUCCGUUCCAUCCGGGCAGAGAUCGAACAUUAGAGAUCCUUCCUGCAGCACCCACAAUUUGGAAAUCCGAGAGGUUUUUUCAUUGGCUGUGACCGACCAGUCCCUGGUAGGAAGCCGUGAGAAGGCCCUGUCAACUUCUGGAGAAGGCAGUUGCCUGUCUAUCGCGAUGGAAACCGGGGAUGUGGACGACGAAUAUGCCAGAGAGGAAGAGUUGGCCUCCAUGGGUGCCCUACAAAACUACUCCCGGUUAACCAGCACGCCCCUCCGCGUCGAGAAUCCGGGAUCCGUUUUGGGCUCGGGCAGGAGCAUGGGUUGCAAUUCGCAUGUGCUGAAUGCGAGGAACUUGCACAACAAUAUCUUGUAUCACAACAGAGACUAUCGUUUACCUUCACGGACUUCGUUGCAUAGCACAUCCAGUACGCUCUAUAGCAGUUCCCAUCCAUCAAGAAGUAACCUUUCUUCUCAUUUUGCAGCAUCCAAUCAACUAAGGCUAUCUCAGAACCAAAAUAAUUAUCAGAUUUCAGGAAACCUUACUGUGCCUUGGAUUACUGGGUGCUCCAGGAAAAGAGCAUUACAGGACCGUACGCAAUUCAGCGACCGAGAUUUAGCCACCCUUAAGAAAUACUGGGAUAAAGGUAUGACCAGCCUUGGGUCGGUUUGCAGAGAGAUUGAAGCCGUGGCUGCGGAAUUAAACGUUGACUGUGAAAUAGUAAGGACUUGGAUCGGAAAUAGGAGACGGAAGUAUCGUUUGAUGGGCAUUGAAGUCCCUCCCCCGCGAGGUGGCCCUGCCGUUUUUUCGAGUCAGUCUGAUUCCAGUGAUAAAUCGAUACCCAUUCCAGGCGAUGAUCCCCUGACUGAUAUAGGAGAGGAUAAUGACAGGAAUGAUGAAGUGUCCAUCUGCUUAUCGGAAGGAAGCUCCCAAGAAGAACACAAUGAAGUUCUUCCAAAUGAAGGCAUGGGCCACAAAGAAGAGGACCACACUACUGUAUCUUCAGAUAAUGUGAAAAUAGAAAUAAUAGACGAUGAAGAAAGCGAUAUGAUAAGUAAUUCUGAAGUGGAUCAGAUGAGCUCUCUUCUGGAUUACAAAAACGAGGAAGUAAGGUUCAUUGAGAGUGAACUGGAGCAUCAAAAACAGAAGUAUUUUGAACUCCAGACUUUCACAAGAAGUUUGAUACUUGCUGUGAAAACAGAUGAUAAAGAUCAGCAGCAGGCACUUCUAGCCGAUUUACCUCCAGAAUUGGAAGAGAUGGAUUACCAUACAUCUCCAGAACCCGACGAUACCUCAUUCAGCUUGUCAUCUUCAUCCGAAAAAAAUGCCUUGGACAGUUAUGUAGAUGGACUGAUCACUGGAAAUUAUAGGUUUCAGGAGAUGAGUGGGGAUAACUUGGGCCUUCAUUCAAAUGAUGAUCAUUCUAACCAGGGAUCAAACAAAGAAGUGUUGCUCACAGCUUCACCCUAG